AUGUCGUCCCGCCUCGGCCAACCCACCACCCGCACAUUCCACAAGUCAUCGACCAUGCGCUACAAGACUGUAGAGGAAGCAAAGUCGCGAUACCGCUUCGGUCCCUUCAGCUGGCAAGCUGGCUGCCUCUUCCUCGGUGCCGGCGUAGGAAUGGCCUUCUACUUCCGCUACGAAAAGGAACGCAUGGCCCGCAAGCGCAUUGCCGAGCACAGCAAAGGUGUCGGUCGUCCUCUCGUCGGCGGCCCUUUCCAAUUGAUCGACCAAGACCGCAAACCCUUCACCGAACAAAGCCUCAAGGGCAAAUACUCUCUGGUCUACUUUGGCUUCACGCACUGCCCGGACAUUUGCCCUGAAGAGUUGGACAAGAUGGCGGGCAUGAUUGACAAUGUCAAGGAAAAGCAUGGAGACGUCAUGAGACCUGUGUUCAUCACUUGCGACCCUGCGAGAGAUACUCCCGAGGUCACAAAGGAGUAUUUGAAGGAGUUCCAUGCCGAUUUGAUUGGUUUGACUGGAGAUUAUGAGCAGGUCAAGGCUACUUGCAAGGCUUUCCGUGUCUACUUUUCUACUCCCAAGGAUGUCUUGCCUGGUCAGGACUACCUGGUUGACCACAGCAUUUACUUCUACUUGAUGGAUCCCGAGGGUGACUUUGUCGAGGCCAUCGGUAGAAACUUCACUGUCGAGCAAGCAUCCAAGGUCAUCAACGACCACGUCUCGGAUUGGAAGGGCAAGAUUGACAAAUCUGCCUAG